AUGUGGCAUGACGUCAUGGCAGAGCUGGUGCGCCGCGGGCAGCUGACGACAGCAGUUGAUGUGUUAGAACAGGCUGUUGCUGACGGGACACAGUUCGAGCCGCUCUCACCUCUCUCUCUAUCCGAACGACCGAGCUCCACCGCCACGUCGGCAGAUCCUCCCAGCACGGCGGCGGUGCGCAGCCUGUUCGCGGCGCUCCAGAAGGCGGGCGGCCCGGCGGAGCAGGACAACUGGCAGCGCGAGGGGCGGCACCUCUUGGGGCUCGCGUCGCGGGCAUUGGAUGCAGUCGCGGCUGCCGGCUGGAGGGAUCCUCUGCCGUUCACGUGUCUGAUCACCAUGCUCCAGCGCGCCUGCCGCUCGCACGAGCUGCUCGCAUUGGUGGAGCGCAUGCGCGCGCUCGACGUGCCCCUGGACGCGUACACGCUCACCACCGCACUCGGCGCCGCCAUGCGCGUUGCUGACGUGGUCGCUGCUGAGACCAUCUGGGCCGAAAUGACCGCCGCGAGCCACGCUGGUGGUGCUGCCGGUGCUGUUUCCACUGCUGUAGCUGGUGCAGCCGUCGCCGCCGCCCCCUCUGCCGUCGCGUUCACGAUGAUGAUGUCGCUGUACGGCCGUGCCGGCCGCCUUGACGACGCGUUGCGAAUGUUCCGCGAAAUGAAGACCGCGGGAGUCGCGCCGGACGGCAAGGCCUACUCCACCUUAAUCGGCUCCCUAGCUCGCGCGUUAAGAGCGGAUGACGUGGAAGAAUUAGUCCGCGAGAUGACGGAGGGGACUUCCGCCUCUCCCGCCGCCACCGGCGCUGUCGGAUCCGGCCCGUCUCCCUCGCAGCGCGUGCCGCCAUCUGUGUACACGAGCUUAGUCAGCAUGUACGGACGGCUGGGCCGGCUUGAUGACGUGGCGCGCGUGCUGCGCGACAUGCGCGCGCGCAAGGCGCAGGCGGAGCAGAGCCUUUUCGUGGAGGCGGUGAAGGGGUGCACGGUGGCGCAGCGCAAGGCCACCGCCGCCGCCGUCGCCGCGCAACAGAGCGCGGGAAGCGGCGGAAAGCAGCAGAUAGGGAAGCGUCUCGAGGAAGAGACGGGCGUGGCGCAAGCAGCAGGGGCAACGGCGGCGGCUGUGGUGGCAGUGGUGGCGGAAAUGCGCCUGUUGGGCUGGCGCCCUGAUCCCGCCCUCCUCCGCAACCUCCUCUCCGCGCCUUCCGCCCAGUCGUCCCUCCGCUCCUCCCCGCCCUCCCCGUCCGCGCAGGCAGGGGACCCGUCCGGGGAAGAUGCAAGCGCAGGGGCAAGGGCGGGUGUGGGGGCAGCAGGGUUCGACAAGGGCGGGGAAAAGUCGAGGGGGACGGGGGCAUGGCAGGUGCAGGCUCCGCAAGGGGGUGCGGGGAACAGGGUGGGCGGAACGAGCGGAGGGGGAAUGAAGGGGCGGGGAGGGCAGCAAUGGCGGGAAGGCAAUGGCGGAAGAAACGGGUGGGCGCAAGGCGGAGGAGGCGGAAACGGAGGCGGGGGAGGGGGAGAAAGGGGAGGCCCGUCGGCGCCAGCCCAGUCCGAAUACUCGUGGUUCUCGCGCAUCCUGCAGUGCAAGCGGCAGAGAAACUUCCAGGAAGCAGCGCGGGUGUAUGAGCGCAUGCGGGCGGCGGGUGUGAAGCCGCAGCAGCAGACGCUGAGCCUGGCGAUGGAGGUCAUGGGCGAGCUGGGCAACGUGCAGGGCGCUGAACGCGCUCUGGAGGAGGCGGAGGCUGCUGGGACUCCUGUUGACAUUGUGUGUUUCAACACGCUGCUGAAUGUAUAUGCCAAGGCGGGGAAGUCGAGCAAAGCGCAGGCAGUGUUCACACGCAUGCAGGCAGCGGGGGUCACGCCCAACACGCGCUCGCACACGGUGCUGCUCAAAGCGCUCUCCAAGGACGGCCGCGGCAAGGAGGCUGUUGCUGCGUUCCGAGCCAUGGAGCGCGGCGGCUGCCACCUGGACGAGAUCGCCUACAACACGGUCAUCAACGCGUGCGGCAACGACCUCCCAGUGGACGAAACCCUCCGUCUCCUCCGCGCCAUGCGGCGCAGCGGCUACCGCCCCAACCUCGUGACUCGCAACCUGGUCCUCUCGCUCCUCGUCAAGGCGGGCCGCACGGCCGACGCGAGUGAACUAUUUGAGGAGGCGAGGGCAGCGGGGGAGGAGGACGCGUUCAUGUACUGCACCAUGGCGCACGCGUUUGGGCGGAGGAGGGAGCUGGAGCGCAUGGAGGGUGUGCUGGGGGACGCGGCGGCAAGAAGGAUGGUGUCGCUGCCGCUGCUGAACGCGUGCAUGGACGCGUAUGGCAAGGCGGGGCUGCUUGCGAAUAUGGAGACCUGCCUGGCGCGCAUCCGCUCCUUUGACUUCGUGCCCAACCACACCAGUUUCAACAUAGUGAUCCACGCAUAUGGCAUGGCGGGCAUGAUCCCAGAGAUGGAGGACGCACUAGCCCGCAUGAGGCGCAGCGGGCUCCGCCCCGACGUGUACUCGUACAACAUCCUCAUCGGCGCCUAUGGGGAAGCUGCCAUGCCGUAUGCAUCAGUGAGCAUGGUGCAGCACAUGCACGCCGAGGGGCUGCUGCCCGAUCAAGUCACCUACCAGAACCUGGUCUCGGUGUUUGAGAGAGCUGGUGACUUCCUGGAAGCUGCGCGCUGGUCGCUGUGGAUGAAACAGGCCGGCUUCUCCCCCUCCUCUGGUGAGUCCCACUUCCUGCCCUCAUUUCCUGGCUUGCUCACUCACUUGGUAGCCCUCUAUGGGGACGCCGCCUAUGGGGAUGCGGGCAUGCCGUGGGCGUCAGUGAGCAUGGUGCAGCACAUGCAUGCCGAGGGGCUGCUGCCAGAUCAAGUCACCUACCAGAUCAACAAUUUCUUAACUGAUCUUCCCUGCCUGCCCCCUCCCUCUCUCGCCUCACUGCUCCCUCGCUGCAGCACCCAGCAACAACAGUGCUGCGAGCAACGAUGGGGGCAACGCUGCUGCCAAUCGCAGCAGUGGCAGCAGCGGGGCAAAGAGUGCAGCAGGCACCUCGAACCUGCCAGGAGCGGGGCAGCUGCCAUCCGACCUGCUGUGAUUGCCAUGGGCAGUGACUGGGAUGGGUGGUUGGGGUGGCGGGUUGGGAAGCAGUAA